GCAGGCUUCUGAUAACAACACAGCCUGUGAAAAUAAGCAUUUUGUCUUCUACAAACAUGAAUCUAUUCUUGUUCACUUUUCUGCUGUUUUCAUUCCUGACAGGCGGCGCAAAGAGCUUUUCUACCAGCUUUGUAGGUAGCUGUGACCUUAAAAAAUGUCAGCUUAAGUGCAAGGCAAAGGGGACAAAAGGAAUAUGUAUAUUCAAUUGGAACAAAGACAUGGGCCGGAGACCGUACGUGGGAUGCAAAUGUGUAUAGAAGAGAAAUUAAAUGUGUUCAAGGCGCACUUACAUCAAAU